UGUUCUUCUGCGCUCACGGGCUGAUGGCCAUUCGACUGUCAGUAACAGUCCAGCGGAUGUGGUAGAGGUCACGGAUGUCUCUGCUCCUGCAGUUCCUCAGGUACAAGUCGCAGCAGAGGGAAUCAUGUGACAUGCGCACUCGGCCCUGUUGUUGAGUUUGUUAUGACAAGUCGAGGCCUCGGACUAAAUUAGACGUGAACCCCCACCCCCGUAUCGGUACGGGAGAAUCCGUGAUGGAAAGCAUGGACUUGGACCUGGACCUGGACCAGGAGCUCAUGCAGAAAUUCAGCUGCAUGGGUACGACGGACAAAGAUAUCCUAAUAUCGGAAUUCCAGAGGCUUCUCGGGUUUCAGUUAAACCCCGCAGGAUGCGCCUUCUUUCUGGACAUGACCAACUGGAAUUUACAGGCAGCCAUCGGAGCCUACUAUGAUUUUGAGAGCCCUAACAUCAACGCACCGUGCAUGUCGUUUGUCAAGGACGUGACAAUCGGCGAGGGCGAGUCCGUUCCACCCGACACACCUUUUACAAAGACCUGGAGAAUACAGAACACAGGCGCAGAGUCGUGGCCUCCAGGGGUUUGCCUGAAGUAUGUGGGAGGCGAUCAGUUUGGCCAUGUAAACCUGGUGAUGGUGAGGUCUUUGGACCCUCAGGAAAUGGCUGACGUUAGCGUGCAGAUGCAGAGCCCCGUGUCUCCUGGCAUGUACCAGGGCCAGUGGAGGAUGUGCACAGCGACAGGACUUUACUACGGAGAUGUGAUCUGGGUGAUCCUAAGUGUGGAGGUCGGGGGCCUCCUGGGGGUGACACAGCAGCUUUCCUCUUUCAAAGCUGAGUUCAACACAGAGCCUCAUCGCAGCCUGGAAAGAAACUACAACCCGUUUGCUUCUCCGGAGAAGAACAAGUGCCCAAACAGUAACAACAACAGCCUCCACGACGACAGUGGUCACAUGGUCGAUGCAGAACACUGGCAGGGAAGCCCGGACCAGCAACAGCAAGAUCAGAAUGGACUUUCACACAACUCUGUGGACAUAGUAGCAAACAGUCUUCAAAGCAAUCUAUCGCUAGUAUCUUGUAACCAGGGUAUGCAGGAGUCCUAUCCUUUUGGGCACUCGUAGAUUAUUGGACUUUUCACACAGUAGAGCAGCACCGAAGCAUACCACUGGGGUCAGUCACAUCCUACAGAGAGAGAGCGAGAGAGAGCGAGGGUGAGAGAGAGAGAGAGAGAAGCUGCUGAAGAGCAUGGAGAUCCAGAAAUACUUUAUGCAAAUUCCAGCUACUUCCUUUAAAACCAGAGGCCAUCGCUCCCAACGUGCAGCUCGACUAACAUCACACCCACUGUAUGCACGUGUGAAUGCUAAGUUAAAAAUGAGUGCUAUGGGUCUUUUGAGUGAUUUUUUUUCUCUUCUUUUUAUCGAUUUUUUUUUUUUAGUUGUCGGAGUGCAUAUGAAAAAAAAUGAUGACAGGAGAGUAUAUUUGUGGAUAUAUUUAGUGUAUAUGUGUGUGUGCAUCGUGCAAACUGAGAGACCGAAUCUGGAGGAAAAGCCAUUUUGUUUGCCAACUGAUUCUCUCUGAAUUUUUAAUUUAUCGAUGGGUAUUUAAACCUGAUGACAUGACUAUCUCUGCAACUGGCCAUCAGAUAUCAGAAUUGUUUAGGAAACAAGGAAACAAAGUUUGUUUUUUUUUUUUUAACCAAGGCCUGUUUAUAAUUGGACUGAAAUGCUGUGGUGAUGUACCGGUGGUUUUAGAUGCACAUGCACUGGCCUUCCAGUGGGGGGAGUCAGCUAUUACACUUGAUAAAAAAAAAAUCUGUGGUUGGACUAUAGACAUUUAUUUUAAAUGUAGUUUGGUAUGAAGCGCAAUCUCUUUAUUUAGUAAAUGGAGAAUACACAACUCCAAAAUAUCAUGAAAACAUCAGCAGUGUACCCGUUACUCGUAAUAAUGCAGUAUUAUACAGUAGAUUAUUAUACAGAUGCUCAUAUAAUAUUCACUAAUUCCUCACUGAAAAUCGCACUCUAAAAAAA